CAUAAACUAGGUGGGGAUUUUUUCCCCUCCACCACUCUGCAGCAGCAAACAGAGAGCAAGAUGGAAAAGUCAUUGUGCAUGUUGGCUGCAGUGGUUUUUCUGGGAGGCUUUUUAGACAACGCUGGAGCGCUGAUAAAUGAUGUGACCACAGAGAGUAGUUCAUUAUCCAACAACACAACUACAACAACUACAGCCGUGACUGUAAACUGGACUGAGUCUGUCACUGUAGAUGGUCACAGCAGAAACCCACCAACUCCAACGACAGCACAGACAAAGUUAUUCACCCCCACUAUCGGAGGCAAACAACUGGACACCAAAAACAUCAGCCAAGACAGAGACCAAGUAAGCGGCAAUAGAGAAGAAGAAGAAGAAACAGAUGACAAUAAGAAAGAAGAUGAGAAAACUGGACUAGAUUGCCCUCCCCUUGGCCUGGAGUCCCUGAGGGUCGAUGACAGCCAGAUCCAAGCUUCUUCUUACCAGCGGACUGGUCUGGGUCCUCACAGGGGGAGGCUGAAUAUUCAGUCUGGCAUCGAGGAUGGGGACCUGUAUGACGGAGCCUGGUGUGCAGAGUACAAAGACCGGGAACAGUGGCUUGAGGUGGAUGCCAUGCACCUCACCCUAUUCACUGGGGUCAUCCUGCAGGGCCGAAACUCCAUCUGGAGUUGGGACUGGGUUGAAACCUACAAAGUGCAGCUGAGUAAUGACUCUGUGAACUGGGAAACCUGCAUGAAUGGAACAGAAGAAGCAAUAUUUGAAGGAAACCAGAAUACAGAGACACCAGUUCUUGGACUCCUUCCUGUUCCCACUGUCGCCCGUUUCAUCCGUAUCAACCCGCAGACCUGGUACCCUAACGGCACCAUCUGCCUCAGGGCUGAGAUACUUGGCUGUCGUGUUGAUGAUUCAACUGACAGCUACUACUCAGAGCGAGAACCGGGAUCAAAAGACACUCUGGACUUCAAACAUCACAACUACAAAGAAAUGAGAAGGCUCAUGAAGUCUGUGACUGAGGAGUGCCCAGACAUCACACGCAUCUACACCAUCGGGAAGAGCUACAUGGGCCUCAAACUCUACGUCAUGGAGAUCUCAGAUAAUCCCGGCAAACAUGAACUAGGUGAGCCAGAGUUUCGCUACGUGGCAGGGAUGCAUGGGAACGAGGCCCUUGGCCGAGAGCUCACCCUAAACCUCAUGCAGUACUUGUGCAGGGAAUACAAGAAGGGCAAUCAACGAAUUGUCCGGCUGGUCACUGAGACACGAAUCCACCUCCUGCCAUCCAUGAACCCUGAUGGAUAUGAAGUAGCUUAUGAGAAGGGCUCAGAACUGGCCGGCUGGGCUGAGGGACGGUACAGCUUCGAAGGGAUUGACCUGAAUCAUAACUUUCCAGACCUGAACAACAUCAUGUGGGAUGCUCAAGAGAAGGCAGCAGAGCCAUCCAAAGUCUCCAACCACUACAUCCCCAUCCCAGAGUACUACACUAAAGAAGAUGCCAUGGUUGCGCCAGAGACCCGUGCUGUCAUCAGCUGGAUGCAGGACAUUCCCUUUGUGCUCAGUGCGAACCUCCACGGUGGAGAACUGGUGGUUACAUAUCCCUUUGACUGCACCCGAGACUGGGCCCCUCAGGAAAACACCCCCACAGUAGACGACGCGUUCUUCCGCUGGCUGGCCACCGUCUACGCCUCGACCCACCUGGUGAUGGCCAAUCCCGACCGGCGCCUCUGCCACUACGAGGACUUCCAGUUACACAACAACAUCAUCAACGGAGGAGCCUGGCACACCGUCCCAGGCAGUAUGAACGACUUCAGUUACCUGCACACCAACUGCUUUGAGGUGACCGUGGAGCUGUCCUGUGAUAAGUUCCCUCAUGCCAGUGAGCUUCCCAUCGAGUGGGAGAACAACAAGGAGUCUCUGCUGGUUUACAUGGAGCAGGUUCACAGAGGGAUUAAAGGUGUGGUGAGGGACAAGCUGACCAAACAAGGAAUAGCAGAUGCUGUGAUCAAGGUGGAGGACCACAACCAUGACACCCGAUCAGCUGCUGACGGGGACUACUGGCGUCUUCUGAACCCCGGUGAGUACAAAGUGGUGGUUUGGGCCGAGGGUUACUUCCCAGCUAUGCGUCGGUGCAACGUUGGAAUGGAGCCACAUCCCACCAUCUGUGACUUCACCCUCACCAAAACACCCAUUCAGAGGCUGAAGGAGAUCCGAGCCAAAGGAGGGAAGGUCCCGCAGGACCUUCAGCUGCGACUCCAUGCCCUGAGGCUCCGCAAGCUUCGUGCCAGCACCAAGGCCAUCAGGAGAAUCAGCGGCUGCAGCAGGAGCAGCUGCUGCAUACAAGGAGAGCUCGGUCCUCCAGAGCGCGGAGAGCAUGAGAGGACAGGGGUCGACGAGCUGACGAAGUCUGAGUCGGUGUUCUGCCAAGCUGUGCCACCUUAG